CGACACCCGAAGUCGUCGCGCCCUUGCCUGCCUGCCUCCACCACACGUUCUUUAUUCUUGUACUUUCUUGUCGCACUGGGCCUGCUGCGCCCUCUCUGCGCGACGCGCCAAUUGAAGGCACCAUGAACGGCUUCACAGAGCACGGCCUCGACGAGGACUCGUUUGGAGCUUCCAAGGGUGGGAUAGCAAGCUUCGAUGCUUUCCCCAAAACCAAGAAGACCUACCUCACUCGCGGCCGCGACUCCUCGUCGUGGACCGUCCUCCUCCUCUGCACAUGUAUCUACCUCUCCUGGUCCGAAAUAUCACGUUGGUGGGCCGGCCAAACCACGCAGACCUUCUCCGUUGAGAAGGGCGUCGCUCACGACAUGCAAAUAAACAUUGACAUAGUCGUCGCAAUGAAGUGUGCGGACCUACAUGUCAACAUGCAGGAUGCGGCAGGCGACCGGACAUUGGCAGGAGACUUGCUCCGGAAAGACCCCACCUACUUCACCCAGUAUGGAAAGGGAGCGCAUGCUCUUGGUCAAGGCCCGGAUGCUCUGCCCGGGUGGGAGGACAUGUGGGAUGUGCAUGAUCAGCUGGGAGCGGCAAAGAAGCGAAAGAAGUUCCCCAAGACCCCGCGCAUGAGGGGCGAGGGCGACUCGUGCCGCAUCUUCGGCAGCUUGGAUGGCAACAAAGUGCAGGGCGACUUCCACAUCACCGCGCGAGGCCACGGAUACCGCGAGUUUGGCGAACAUCUGGACCACGGACGCUUCAACUUCUCCCACCACAUCCAGGAAUUGUCCUUCGGCCCGUACUACCCCUCCCUUGUCAAUCCCCUCGACAACACCGUCGCCACAACCGAAGACCACUUCUACAAAUUCCAGUACUACCUCUCCAUCGUACCCACCAUCUACACCGACGACGCAUCCCUCCUCCCGCUCCUCGAAGCCGUGAACCGCGACACGGACCACCCAGCCAAACACGUCUUCCACUCGUCCCACGCCGUCAAGACCAACCAGUACGCCGCGACCUCGCAAUCGCACAAGGUUGCCGAGAACUACAUCCCAGGCAUCUUCGUCAAGUUCGACAUCGAGCCCAUCACCCUGACCGUCGCCGAGGAGUGGGGCGGUUUUUUCCGCCUGAUUGUUAGACUCGUCAAUGUCAUUAGUGGCGUUAUGGUCGCCGGUGGAUGGGCCUGGCAGAUGUUUGACUGGGGCAUGGAGAUCUAUGGACGCAAGCAGAGGAGUCGCGGCGAGAGCAUGGGUAUGCUGAGGACAUUCAGCGACAGGAAGGAGAAGAUGGCAUUUGACUAGAGGCUAUGAGGAAUUGCAAGUAGACGAGGCGUUGUAUGGGUACUUGUGAUGGCCGCGAUACCAUUCGGUAAAGCAAUGCUUUGGCAAGAUGUUUUGGGAGCAUUUGUGGCGUUUGGGCAUGGCUGUGCAUGGAGUAUAUAGGUUCUGAUCUUUGCUCGCUGUGUCAAUACAUGUU